AUGAACAAUUUCAAAUUGUUGUUAUCAUUGACAAACUUUCCCUUGGUUGGAAAGAUUUCAAAAAUGUGUUUCGCCAUAAAACAAAAGAGUCUGAUCACUCGCCUCCGAAUUGAAGAGGAAGCUAGAAAACAAGAUCAGAAGGAUGAAGUCUUAGUUGUUUCUAACAACCAACAGAGAUUCAGUGCGAUUCUGAAGCCUACAGGAAAACCAUUAAAGAAUCAGAACCGCAAUAUUGUGAACCAAAUUAAGAAUGGGAAUCCCUCAAGGGACCCAUCUGCUCUGGUUUCUAGACAACAACCACCAACUCAAAGAAAUGACGCUUCAGUUUUCACUUGCUAUGAUUGUGGAAAACCGAGUCAUAUGGCUAAGAGAUGUAAGAGCAGGUCCAAACUUGUUGGCUCUAAUGCACAUGUUAACCUGAAUGAUGAGAAAUUCAUUGCUAUGAUCACUGAAAUCAAUAUGGCUGGUGGAAGUGAUGGUUGGUGGAUAGACACUGGCGCCUCUCGUCGUGUCUGCUAUGACCGUGUUAUGUUCAAGACAUUCACGAAUGCUGAAAAUAAGAAAGUGUUGUUGGGAGAUGCUCACACCAUUGAUGUUUGUAAUACGGUGGGAGAAAUGACUUGGUUGUUUUGCGUUUGA